AUGGACGUCAAGUCCAAUGCCAGACCAAAAUUGCAACUCGAAAUCCAAUCCGACACCCUGCGACGAGGCUUUGCGCUGAUUGCACAAAACAUGACAACCAUCAGGCUGAGUCAUGAUCCAAUCAUUAUUCCAGAACCGUUCAUGGAGGUUUAUCACUGUCGUGGGAAGAUUCAGCAGGCAUUAAAGGCCGAGGAAAGCGACAUUCUUCGAGCUGAGCUUCAGUUACUCGUCGACUUUCAAGACCAGUACAUGAAGGAAACGAUCAAGACGAUUGACCAGUUCAUUAGUAACGGCUACAUCGAGUUUGAAUGGCUCUGGGCAAUCUUUCCACCAGGGGAACUCGUCGUGAUCGAGAAUGUCUCGGCUUCAGAUGCACCCAUCCAAUGGUGUGCUAUAGUCAAGGCGUUUGAGUUCAAAACCUUGGAUUCCGGUGCCCAGGUCUGGAGCCUCACUCUAAUGCACACUGGUUUUAACGGUCUCAGGCUUGGGAAAACUGAAACGAAACUCAGCUUUCCGGCCUUCUCUAACAACAUCGGGAUUUCUCGACUUCCAGCCUACCCAUUGAAGUAUUGCAAAGAUGAGAUUUGGGUGCAGCAGGAGGCAAUUCGCCGUGGAAGAAGCUACGAGACUUACUGUCUAGCGAGCUCCCGAGCCAAAGAGUCCCCGGUCGGGACCCCGAUGUGGCAUGCGGGACCCAUCUGGACGGAACGACGAGUCAUCGUCGAUUUUGAAGGCUUUUUUGAACACUCUCCCAUGUCAAACACGGCCACAUCAAUCACACAACUGGGAGCAUCCUUUACACUAAGUUCAUUAUCAGAAGAUGAGCUUCUCACAUGCCCACCCCUCGUCCCAGCCUAUUCUUUCACUUCUCGCCAGUGGUGUUUCGUCUUUAUCGAUGACCUCUCAAAGAUCGUGUGGAAGCCACAAAUCUUUGAGCAGCUGCAGAUCGACGAAGAAAUGAAGGGCGCUCUUCAAGGCCUCGUCCGUGGCUACUCAACUCAUGCCGUCCUGUUUGAUGAUUUCAUCGAAGGAAAAGGCCGCGGACUGGUCUUCUUGCUUCAUGGGCCGCCAGGUUGUGGAAAGACAAUGACAGCAGAAAGUAUUUCAGAGUCUUUGGAGAAGCCCCUCUACCACGUCAGCGGAGGUGAGCUCGGCGCUUCCGUUGAAUCAAUUCAAGAUGCUCUCGAAACAGCGUUUGAAAGAGCCACACGCUGGGAUACGAUUCUUCUCUUGGAUGAGGCCGACGCAUUCCUAGCGAGGCGAGAUGGCGCUGAUAUUGAACGAAACUCUCUCAUUGCUGUAUUUUUAAGAUUACUCGAAUAUCAGUCAGGCAUUGUAUUCCUCACAACCAACAGACCGAGUGAUUUCGAUCCAGCCUUCGAGUCAAGAAUUCAUCUUCAAAUCUCCUUCUCUCGCCUGGAUGCUUCCAAGCGAGAGCUGAUUUGGAAGCUGCUGGCGCAAAAGAAUGGAGGCUGCAAUCUCUCGCCCGAGCAGAGCAAAGCACUGGGAAAGCUACCCUUGGAUGGACGCCGGAUCAAGAAUAUCCUGCGACUAGCCUCACUAUUCGCUGCCAACAGGAUCCAAGGCAGCAGUAAGGCCAAUGGAGAUGCCGGUGACUUGCUGGUGGAUAACAGAGAGACUGAUGUGGUGAUGGAGUUUGGGGAUAUCAAAAAGGUUCUCCCAUUUGCUAUCACAAGGUUGGAGAAUGCGAAGAGAGCCCAAGAGGAGUAUAUAGAGACAGAAGAUCUGCCAGCGGCACUGGCGGAUCUAAUGGCAGAGUUCAGUUUGAAGUGA